UUUUUUUUUUCCACUUAAAACACAACACAAUACACGCCCACACGCUUUCAGUCAAAUCCUUUGAAAGAACUAUUUCACUCACGUUUUUCUUUCACUUCAUCAUCACUUCCACUCAAACAAUACACACUCAUUCAUUUAUUCUUGAUUCACAUACAUAUACAUACAUUUAUUCAUAACCUCCCUCAAUACACGUCAUAACUCCAGACAUGGCCUCAGAAACGGAAAACUCGUGGAAGUUUGCUCAAUGCUUCGGUGACAAGGGCGAAGUUGAUGACAUUACUGAAGCUGAUAUUAUCUCAACUGUCGAGUUUGACCAUACGGGCGACUAUCUGGCCACAGGCGACAAAGGCGGCCGAGUUGUGCUUUUUGAACGAAAUGAAGGCAAAAAAGGGUGCGAGUACAAAUUCCACACCGAGUUUCAAUCACACGAGCCUGAGUUUGACUACCUCAAGAGUUUAGAAAUCGAGGAGAAAAUCAACAAAAUCAAGUGGUGCAAGCGUCAGAACUCGGCACACUUUUUACUCUCUACUAAUGACAAGACUGUUAAGCUCUGGAAAGUAUUUGAAAAGUCUAUUAAGGUUGUGUCCGAAAACAACCAUAGUGAUGGUCAACAUGUACAUGCUCCGAGUGCCCCACUCCGAUUACCGAAGCUCACGCAUCAUGACACAAUUGUCGCAGCAGUACCCAGAAAGGUCUAUGCAAAUGCCCAUGCCUACCAUAUCAACUCAAUCUCCAUUAACUCGGACGGAGAGACAUAUAUUUCAGCAGAUGACUUGCGCAUUAACCUUUGGAACCUCAACAUUAGCGAUCAAAGCUUCAAUAUCGUGGAUAUCAAGCCUGUAAACAUGGAGGAGCUGACUGAAGUCAUUACCGCUGCCGAAUUCCAUCCUGUCCACUGCAAUUUGUUCAUGUACAGCAGCAGCAAAGGAACCAUCAAACUGAGUGACAUGAGAGAAUCAGCUCUUUGCGAUCAACACGCAAAAUUGUUUGAAGAAGAAGAGGAUCCUUCCAAUAAGUCAUUCUUCUCGGAAAUUAUUUCAUCCAUCUCGGAUGUCAAGUUCAGUAAAGAUGGACGCUAUAUUCUGUCACGCGAUUAUCUGACACUUAAGGUUUGGGACAUCAAUAUGGAGAAUCGGCCAGUGCAGACUAUCAAUAUCCAUGACCAUCUGCGCAACAAGCUCUGCGAUCUAUAUGAGAACGAUUGCAUCUUUGAUAAAUUUGAAUGUACAUUCAGUGGAGAUGGAAGUAACGUCUUGACGGGAUCAUACAAUAACAAUUUCUAUAUCUACGACCGCAAUGGUAAGAAUGAUGUAACGCUGCAAGCAGACAAGAGCGCAUUCAAGGCCAAGCGUGUCGGCUCUGCCAAAAAUAAGAUGAUGCCAAGGACAAAGAAUGGUAAGAAGGAUGAUAUCAAUGUGGAGUCCAUCGACUUUACAAAGAAAAUUCUUCAUGCUUCUUGGCAUCCAAACGAGAACUCAAUCGCAAUUGCAGCCACGAACAACCUGUUCAUCUUUACGCUGUAAAUUUAUAGAUCACAAAUAUUUUGUACAGAAAAAAAGAAAGAAAAAAGAGAAAAAAAGACCAACCAGAAUAAAAAUCCUCCAAUUGAGACCUCUUUUCCUGCGCAAAUCGAGCAAUAUAUUGAAAGUCCUCCGGUACGGGUACGGGUCAUACUCUGCACAAUCAUCAAAUUGGGAUGGUUGGGUAUAUAUCUUGCGCUUGCUUGGUUCCCAG